AUCAACCACAUACCGGAGACCGAAUGAAGUGACGUUAAUAGGAUCACAGAAUCAGGGCGGCGAGCCGAGAAUCGGGCAGAGCUGGUUCUAGUGAGGAUAUCAUCAGCAGCACCUGACGAAGCAAAGGCAAGGCACACGCACGGAAGCUUACUGGGGAGGAGGGAAGAUGCCGCCUUCAGUCUGCGUCAAAGCUGAGAUGCAUGAGCAUGAGAUGAUCUUGCGGGUGCCGUGGUGUUUUUAGGACACAAUUAGUUUUCGCAAAUCAAGGCAGAUUAUUUCAGCAGUUUUUUUUGUUGUUUUUGUUGUUGUUGUUGCUGCAGAGCAGCUAUGGUUGUCUCACCCACGGCGGCGUCAGUCCUAUUCCAAUGAUUUUCAUUUUAGGAAGAAACUACUUGGGGAACUUGUAUUUAGGGGGGUAUGCAGAAAAUGGAGAUGAGUUUGGUUGUUAAUUCAUUUUAGAAAACACGACCAAAAAAACAACAAGAAAAGCGUUUUAUGAUCAGGUAUAUGUUUACCAAAUAUGAUGAACUCGUUUCUUUUCUCUGAUGCUUCAUCUGCUGCAAUGAUUGCCACAAUACCAAUCUCAUCUGCUGGUACGGGCGCAGUGACCAGCGCUCUGCGCAACGACUUGGGCUCCAACAUCCACGUCCUGAAGACUUUAAACCUGCGAUUUCGUUGUUUUCUUGCCAAAGUUCACGAACUCGAGCGAAGAAACAAAUUAUUGGAGAACCAACUGCAGCAAGCGUUAGAACAACAGCGUUACCAAGGUCCUUAUACUCGUGAAGUUGCUGUCCAAACAGACUCACCCGAAUCCAGGCUUCCCGGUACCAUUUGGAGUUUCACCCACGUGAGGAGACAAGGGGAACGCUUCGAGACUCUCCAGGGGCCCGGUGUGUCCUGGAAUCACCCAGACGGAGUCGGAGUCCAAAUUGAUACCAUCACCCCAGAAAUACGAGCUCUGUAUAAUGUUCUGGCCAAAGUCAAGCGAGAGAGAGACGAAUACAAGAAAAAAUGGGAGGAGGAGAUGUGCAGACGAGAUCAGCUGGAGAACAUGGUGGAGACUCUCCAGGAGAGUGCCCAGGAGUCGGAGGACAUCCAGGAUGAGCUGAAUGAUAAGGUGGAGAGGCUGAAGGCUGAACUGGUGGUCUUCAAGAGCCUCAUGACUGAUGGUGGUCGUCGUCAGAGCUCCCAAUAUGUCACGAGGAAUCUGCAUCUAAAACAAAUGUCAGACCUGGACAGUAAGAUCCAGGAGAAGGCCAUGUGUGUGGACAUGGACAUCUGCAGGAGGAUCGACAUCACGGCCAAGCUGUGUGACGUGGCGCAGCAGAGGAACUCAGAAGACAUGUCCAUGAUGUUCAACGUCAGUCCUGCCCGCUCACUCCCUGAGAGGGGUGCCAUGGCAUGCUGCAAAAGGAAGGAACGCAAGGCUGCGUCCGACGAAGACAGUUCUGAGAUGGACGCCGACCCCAGCACCUCAGAAGAGGAGGGCCCGGGGACACUCAACAUCACUGACGAGAUGAAACGCAUGCUCUACCAGCUACAUGGUACAGAUAACUCCUCUGUUGUCAGGCGGGAGACGUUCGACAUCGACGACGACUGUGACAGUUUGACGUGGGAGGAGAACGAGGACACGCUGCUGCUCUGGGAGGACUUCGCCAACUACAAUGUCACCCCGGCCGUCGCCCUGGCGACCGGCACGGCCCCCUGCGUCGCCAACGGCAACUGUGCCGAGGGCCAGGAGCCUGUGUCUCAGGAUGGAAGCCUGGGCAGCUUGAUAGACGAGACCGAGUCUCUGUUCAAGACCAGGGAGCAGGAGUACCAGGAAACCAUAGGACAGAUUGAGGUGGAACUGGCCACAGCGAAGAGUGACAUGAACCGCCACCUGCACGAGUACAUGGAGAUGUGCAGCAUGAAGCGAGGCCUGGACGUCCAGAUGGAGACCUGCCGGAGGAUGAUCAAGGGCGGCAGGAGCUCCCCUUCAGUCAGCUCCGUGGCCAGCAGUGACUCAGGGAACACCGACGAGAUCCAGGACGAGCUGGACAAAGACGGAGAGGGCGAGGGACCAAUCAGCUGAUGGCUGACCUGCCAGGUCCCCCACCCUUGCUUUCUCACAGGAUUCUUGCUCACAGAGCUCCGCCCAUAUGUGGGGGAAGGUGUGGGGUUCGGGGGGACACUGUUUGACAUUGGGUCUGCUUGUUUUCCACUGGCGGUGCAGCCGGUGGCGUCGCAGGCCCGAACUGGUGCUUUACUGUCUGUUGUCAUAGGGAUAAGGAGGGUUUCUUUGCUUCAUAAAGUGUUCCAAGGCAAAGGUGUGAUGUGUUUAAUGACUGAGUUGUGCUCAGCUCCUCAGUGCUGGCUCCUACAACCCAGACAUCUUGACCCAGCAACGUUUUCAUGAGUCAACAUGGCUCACCGCUAACCUUUUUGUACCACAGACAGUUCCGUCACCUCAUUAUCACCUUUCUACUAAACUGUCACCUAUAUGAUACAGCUCUUUUGGUGAACAGGGAAAAAUCUUUGGUGUUUACCACUGAAUAAUGAUGUACUUAUUGAGUUUGUCUACAGAGCUACACCCUGCAGGACAGCAUUGUUAAGAAAGCAAGUUGCCACCUGCAUGUGCUCCAUAGGUGGAUGAACAACUAUUUGCGGUGCAAAUACAGUAUAGAAACGAGAGUUGACAAGUUUCCACCAAAGAGCCGAGCACGCUGUCUAGUUGUUUAGCUCCCACCACCAACCCAGGGUUGCCAGCAUUGACAAGAACCAGAGCACAACCCAUAGCAGAAUAAUGCACUCUACUCUUCAAGUUCUAUGCAAUUUAGCUCGCCUUAUUUCUGACCUUUGACUCUACAACCCCCUGCCCCCCCUUCCCUUCCCUCGCCCCCCCUCCCUUCUCCUGGCUUCUCUCCUGUCCCCUGUCUCCUUGUACUUGGCUGUCUGAAGCCAGGCAGGUUGUUUUGUAUCUGAAUACUCCUUUGUGUUUGCGUCCUGGGUGUGUGAGGGAGAGGGGGUGUGGGACGUUUAGUACUGGCAUACUAAACUGUGUUGGAACAGUGACCCUUCGUUGAGUCCAGAGGGAAAGCAUACUGUUUAUCUUCUAGGUUCAAAGGAAUAUCUGAGAGACCCAUGAAUAUCGAAUCAGUUAUAUCAACCGGUUUUGAUUAAAGCUAAUAAAGAUGUCUAUUGAGUUAUUAAACUGCCUUAUGCUGAUUAUCAAUCAAUUACCUUGACAAGUGUUCCUUUCCAUUCGUAAACUCAUUUUGUAGGUUUUUGCUUUGAAAGAGUCAAAAUAGUUGUGUCUGUUGCGCAUACAAGAUCGAUAAGCAUACAAGAUCGAUCCAUACAAGCAGGCUGGCAGGUGCGUUCUUGAUUUUCUUGUUUGUUUUCCCUUCUCUUACCAGCAAGGAGCACUGUUCCCAGCAGAUUUCUGUUCUCCGCGCCAUGUGCUCUGGAUAGGGCUUUAGACUUGACUGUACAUACAUAGAGGGCUGUUGGCAUGUGAUAUUAUACCCCAGAGGCCUUUCUGUUCAUAUUGCUUUAGAUGUCAUGAAUUUCAUUGUCUUACAUAUUUUGCUUGCAAGUGUUUUUCCUUGAAAACAGAUGAACGCAUGAGGAUUGGAGAUGGGUGUACUGGGGCUCUUUGGUCAAUGUAUUUAUGUAUUCAUAUAGCCGAAUAAUGAGUUGUUUUUCUGGACACAGAACAAAUGCUUUGUCAACCAUGAAGUUUUAAAAAUGUAGAACGUCAGAUGUCGUUUCAGCAUGUUUUCUCGCUGAAGAGCAGCAAUCGUCAUUUCUGUCAUUUGUUUUAUUUUAAAAAAUUAGCGAAUUGGAACCAGAUAGUUGUGACAGUACAGUUUUGUAAAUCUCCAUGUUUCAAAUUACAACAGAAUUGUUCAACAUUUGAAUCAAAUUUAUGUAGCUUUAACUUACUCACUGAAAUUACAUUUUCAUGGUUAAACUGUAAGGGGUCAGAAAAGGAUCCAUCUUGUUUGGAUUUGAAGCAUUAUCUGAUGUUUACCUAAUGGGUUUAUUGUUUGAUGUGGUCAGUUGAUUGGGCAUCUUUUCAUCAGAGACAACAGGAAGGGAGGGGCCAUGUGUCCUGUUACUUGACAUAGAUAACUGAUCUGAAACCAGCCUAACAGGUGCUGUGGCUACUGAUGCUAGUACUGAUACUUUGUGGGCCCUUUGUGGACAUUCUAUGUGGCUGAGGUUAUUGAUUCAUGGUUGACACAAGGACAAUAAGGUAUGUUGAAUUACCUUGAUACUGUAUAGUGGAUAAGUAGCCUAUUGUGCAUCCAUGCCAGAAACGGUCUAGACUCUGGAUAGACAUCUGAAAUAUUUGUACUUAUGGGAGAAUUUUAUGUUGACUUACAGUAUCAAAUUUUGUGUGAUUUAAUGUAAAUCACAUGACUUCUAUCGUUUAGAGCCUGAUAGAAGGAUUGAAGAAAAGGUGGUUUGGGAAGGUAAUGUGGUGUGGUAACCUUGUCUGAGUCUAGAGUCACUCCAAACAUCGACCACAUGACCCAGAUGUACUUUUGGUCUAAUGGCUGACUCUUAAGGCUUAGUGGGUGGGCAGAAUGGGUGCUGGUAUGUGAGCCAGGGAGCGGUAGGGUACAUGGUGCAGUAUGGGCUCAAAUGCCAUAACUGUUCAAUGUCCCUAAUCAAAGUGUCUGGAAGACGAUAACGGUAUGAAAGUAAGAAUGUACAGUUGAAAAGAUUGUAACAAAAGAAUGUACUAGAUGGAUUAGAAAAACAACAGUUGUCCCAUCCCUUAUGUGAGCUUUUACCCUAAACGAGUGGCAAAGCCUCGUGUAAAAAACAAAAUGUCAAUUUACCAAACCUCCCUUCUCACUGUGUCAUCCCCCACCCAUGUAUCACUGCUCAGAUUGGGCAUACGGGAAAUACUUGUGGGUGUAUGUAUGAUGUAUGCAUGAAUGUCAAGUAGACUACAUCAUUGCGUUCUGACUAGUACAAAACUCAGGCCAAGAAACAUUGAUUUUACAAUACUUUAUUGUUCUGUUUUUAAAGGAAGCCAACAUAAAGGGUUUAGUUGAAAACUGUGUCUAACCCCAUCAGGACAGUGCUACUCUUAAUGUCUGGACGUCAGGUUACUUGGUUGAGGCAUCAUAUAGUUAGUUGUUCAGUUGGAUGUGAUUUUAAUCAAAGUAGUGCUGGGAUCUAAAGUGCUAUAUUAGCCACUGUUGAUGUGUAUCUCUCAAUGCUGUUUUUUUCCCUUCAUCCUAAAAGUGUAACUUGUUGGUGGUAUGUAAUCUUUGCAGAGUCCUACCUUUGUCCUCAAUGAGAACUUCCUGUCAAAUGUAUCCUGGUCAAACAUUCUGCAUCCUCUGGUUUUAUAAUGUAGAUAUGGUAGGCUACAUGUUGGAGACAGAGAUGAAGUAGAUAACAGUAUAACUUUUAAAUGUGGGACAUUUAGGAGUGGGACUGAUUAAUAAGGACAUUACAUGUUAUGCAACUGUAUUUUCAUACUUUAGGCAACCUGUUGGUUAUCUCUAAAGUCAGCUGUCUCCAUUUUCUUGCCUUUGUUGUACUGCAUAUCUCUUUGCAUCAUCAAUUAAGUGUUUCUUUGUGUUGGAAAACAAUUUGUAAAACAUUUCGUUCAUGUGGGUUUGGGGUAUAUUGUUUCUGUAUAAUGAAUGCACACUAUAUGGUGUUGGGGUGAAACAAAAUAAAAAUGAUGGGUAACUUAG